CAAAAUUUUUAGAGUUCAUUACAGUAUACAGAGAAAAAUAUAAUAGGCAACAUGAGGGAGAAUAAGAAACAACACAGAGGAUAAUCUCAAUUUAAUUUUUUCCCAAGCGGAGGUAAUGUUUUUUUUAAAUACCAAGUACUCCCGAGUAAAUCGCCAUUUUGACCCACUGACGAGUUGGCUAACUCGCCGAGUACUCGGCGAGUAACUCGGAAUAAUAACUCGGGCCGAGUAAUGUGCUACUCUGCAAAGUCAUAGGCCGAGUAGGGUCACCGAGUACUCGCCGAGUAAAUAACCCAGGUCUAAAUCCUGACUUCUAGUUGUAUUAUGGAUGCGAGUUAGAUCUGCAUAUGAAAAGGUAGCUUUUUGCGAGACAUUCCACUCGGAUGAAUCUGGCUGGAUGGAGUGCAAAAUUUGUAAAAAGGCAUGUAUUCCCCUUUUGGGUGAGUUGUAAAAACUGCACAAUUUCAUUCCCCUUUUGCUUUCUCUAACUGGAUAUCACACAUGGCAGCGUAUUCACUGUGGGUGAAUCGUGUCAAAAUAUCCGUUUGAAUACAUGGACUUUGGAGGCAUAAGGUGUUUGGGAGGUCACACUAUAUUACCGGUACAGGUAAAUAUGUUGCAAUGAUGGUUUUGACUUCUGAGCAGUAUUUAAAUGCAUAAAAAAGUAUUAAUGAACUUAUCCAGGCGAAAGGGGCAGAAGGAUAAAAUUUACUCCAAUGUAUGUUUUAAAAACCAACAAACCAUGUUAUUGCAAUGGUUAUGCUGGGACUAGCACUCUAAGGGCAUCUUCAAUAAAUAAAAAAAUCAGGUUCUCACUUGUUCUAUUUGCCACAUCACUACCAAAACAUUUUUAUGGAUCCUCCGGGUAUCAUCUUACACUUAGCAGUUACAAUCUUGGCCAGAGUUUGUUAUUGCUAUUUGCUCUGAGUGUUUUUCUUGUUACAUUUUUUACCUCUUAUUCAGUAGACAAAGAGCGAAAGGGGGCCUUGGCGCACUGGUUAAGGUGUUACGUUGUUGCUAUGUGACCGAGAAGUCACGGUUUCAAGUCUGUGGAGUGGCCUCUUGUCAAAAAUUUGACAGGGGAAGGCUUUCCCCAUAUAAACCCUUAUGGUAGAACCCUUCCCCAGCCCCUCGUCUUUGCAGGGAUGCCUUUGUGCACCGGGUUGCCCUUUAUUCAGUAGACAGAAAGUCUCAACAAUUUGCUACUUACCGUGUAUGUACUUGUAAAAAGACAGAAAUAGUAAUAUCAUUUUUUAGGAAAUUAAUAUCAUUUUUAUAGUUUUGACUUUUAGCAGUAGUAUUAAAGUUUCUUAUUCAGAAUAGGUUUAAGUUUUAAACUUCCUAUUCCUACUGGGUUUAGGUCUCAUUUUCCUACCCUGUUCGGGUGCAUUAAUUUUCUAUAAGCAUUACAAUAGUCUCUAGAAAUUAAUAACUUGAAAGUUCAAAGCCAUAUCAGUAAAACUAGUACUAGUAGUUUAUUAGAUCAUGUGAGUUGCACCCUAAUUAAUUAAUCCAAAAGGUAGUGAAUUGAGGCCACUUCCAUUAGAUUGCUGUUACCUUCUACUUUAUAAGCUUUUUUAGUGUAGCAAAACUAGAAGUGUACCCAUAGAUGCCUUUAAAUUCUUUAUCAGCCUAAUGUGAAAAUUAAUGCUACCUUCAUCCCUAAAUAGAGUCCCACUUUGACUGAACACAUAGUUUAAGAAAACCAAAGUUUAAGAAAAUUAAUGCUACCUUCAUCCCUAAAUAGAGUCCCUAAAUAGUUGAGAUUUGUUUAGAGAGAAAUUAUUGUAGGGAGUUUCCACCUUCUUUCUUGGAAGUUGCCAAGAGGCAUCUCACACCUUCUUGGAAGGAGGUCUCCAACAAAUAAAGAUGGGAGAAGAUAUGGAGAUAACUAUGGAAGCAUGGAUGCAACUUCCUCUUGUCUCCAAAGUAGCCUAUAAAUAGAGUGUUCUAUUGUUGUUCAUAUCAUCAGUUUAGAAAGUGAGAAAAGUGUGUGAAGAGUGAAAAUACACUUAGAGUAGAAGUGUAUUGGUGAGGAUUGGUUUUUUGUAAUAGUUGAGUGUGAGAGUUUGCUCCUCCUAUUGUAAUUCUGUUCUUGAUAUUGAAUAGAAGAAUUUUCCAAUCCCAACAAGUGGUAUCAGAGCGAGGUUGAGUUUUCAUACACUGUUUUCUCAUUUUCAGAUAAAUUUCUACAGGUUAGAAAAUCGUGAUUUUUCAAGUUGCUCGGAAUCACGAUCUGAUCGUACCGUUAGAUUCGUCUCGUCGAGACGAGAAAUCUGGUAUUUUUGGGGAAUUUUUUGGCCACCGGAAGAGGCCGUACGCGCCGCCCAAACGCGCCGGAGAACUGCCUGCGUCAUCAUUGCGUCAUCACGCAGUCUAGAGGAAGAAGACGAGCCAUGCCAGCGCCACGUCAGCCGCCACGUCAGUCCACGUAAGCGCCACGUCAUCCGCCACAUUAGCCGUGCAAGCCAUCCUCUGGGUGCCACGUCAGCGCCACAUCAGUGACACGUGGCGCCACGUCAGCGCCAGCGCAGAGCCAGCUGUUGCCACGUCAUCCGCCUGCUGGUCUGCUCACUGGGCUGCUGCCUGAACCGGACCGAACCGGUUCGUACUUGUGGAGGCCGGUUCACCCAUUUUCAGACCGGUUUUGGACGAAGUCAGACCGGGGUCUUGCCAUUUUCGGCCAUUCCGGAUCCAACGGUGAGCUCCGUUUGUCCAAAUUCGGCUCCGAAAAUAAGGUACGAGAUAUUUUGAGCGUUUUAUUAUGGAUAAAUCAUCAUCGGACACCAUGAUUGCGCUCACUUCCACAAAUUACAAUAUGUGGAAGCCUCGGAUGGAGGAUUUGCUAAAUUUGAGGGAUUUAGCCGAUCCUCUUGAUAAUAAUGGCGUGAAACCGGAUAAAAAGACGGAUGAAGAAUGGACAAAAAUGAAUAGAAAAACUGUCGCACAAAUUCGGCAGUGGAUCGAUCAUAGUGUGUUCCACCAUGUUGCGCAAGAACAAAGUGCUUACACACUAUGGGAGAAGCUUGGUAGCAUGUAUCAAGCAAAAACCGCACGAAAUAAGACUUUACUAAUGAGGCGAUUAGUAAACCACAAAUUACGAGGUGGUAUUUCGGUGUCAGAACACACCAGUCAAUUCCAGGAUCUUGUGAAUCAGUUGAGCACCACCGGAUGGGUUCUCAAAGAUGAAGAGCAGGCGAUACUACUCUUGAGCUCUCUACCUGACAGCUGGGAGACUCUUGUUGUCACUCUCAGCAAUUCUGCUCCCAAUGGCAAAGUGACUAUGCAGAUGGUCACAGAUGCCCUUAUGAACGAAGAAGCCCGAAGAAAAGAAGCCGGGACUGAACAAUCAUAUGCCUUCGUGUCAGAAACCAACAGACGAGGGGGAGGCAGAAAUGGAGGAAGAAGUCGAGGUCGAGGUAGAGGCCAAGGUCAAAACAGAGGAAAUUCUCAAGUUCGCGGCCGAUCACAAGAACGAGGUAUGUCCUGUGAAAACAAUACUUGGUUUGAAGGAUAUUGCAAUUACUGUAGUAAUUAUGGGCACAGAAAAAGAGAUUGUAGAAAGUUUCUACGAGAGCAGCCACAGACGAGUCAAAAUACUAGCCAAGAAGAUGGUGUGACUAUGGUUAGUUUGUCAUCAGAUGCGUGUCUUGUUACACAUGGUGAACAAGAAUGUUUACACGUAGGUACUCAUGAUGUUGAGUGGGUGAUUGAUACAGCCUCAUCAUUUCACGCCACUCCACACCAGAAUUUAUUCACAUCUUAUAAGUCCGGGGACUUUGGAGCUGUGAAGAUGGGAAACACCAGUUUCUCGAAGAUUGUUGGCAUUGGUGAUGUGCACAUAACAACCAAUGUCGGAUGCGCACUUGUGUUGAAAGAUGUUCGACACGUUCCGGAUCUUAGAUUGAAUCUUAUCUCCGGUACAGCUCUGGAUCAACAAGGAUAUCUUAACAGAUUCAAAGAAGGUACGUGGAAGUUAUCUAAAGGUUCCUUGGUUGUUGCAAGAGGCCAUAUUUGUGGUACUCUGUAUAAAACUCAUGCAAAGUUGUGUCAUCCAAGUCUUAAUGCUGUUGAAGAAGAGAUAUCACCAAACUUGUGGCACCGGAGGCUCGGCCACUUGAGCGUGAAGGGAUUGACAACUCUUGCAAAGAAGGAAGUCAUUUCCAUGGGCAAAGGUGUUGCCCUAGAUCCAUGCGAGCACUGUCUAUUCGGGAAACAACACAAGGUUUCCUUCAGUUCUACCAGGAAGAACCAUUCAGAGUUACUCAGUCUUGUACACUCUGAUGUAUGCGGACCCAUUGAAGAGGAGUCACUUGGAGGAAGCAGGUAUUUCGUGACAUUCAUUGAUGAUGCAUCACGAAAGGUAUGGACUUAUUGUUUGAAGAGUAAGGAUCAAGUGUUUGAUCGCUUCAAAUUAUUUCAUGCCAUGGUAGAAAGAGAAACAGGGAAGAAGCUGAAGUGUCUACGUUCAGACAAUGGAGGAGAGUACACUUCCCGAGAGUUCUCAGCAUAUUGCGCUGCAUACGGAAUCAGACAUGAGAAGACGGUUCCACGAACUCCACAACACAAUGGUGUAGCUGAAAGAAUGAAUCAAACCAUUAUGGAGAAAGUUCGUUGCAUGCUGAGUAUGGCUAAACUACCUAAGCCAUUCUGGGGUGAAGCUGUGCUGACAGCUUGUUAUCUUAUAAACAGGUCACCUUCUGUUCCUUUAAACUUUGAAGUGCCAGAAAAGAAAUGGUCAAGAAGAGAUGUUUCUUACUCUCAUUUGAAAGUGUUCGGGUGCAAGGCAUUUGCACAUGUGUCCAAGGAGUUGAGACAGAAGCUUGAUCUCAAGUCAAACCCAUGCAUCUUCAUCGGGUAUGGAGAUGAAGAAUUCGGAUACCGGUUGUGGGACCCCGAAGUGAAGAAAGUUGUACGAAGCAGAGAUGUUGUAUUUCAUGAAAACGAGUUUCAUGGGUGUGCUCCAAUAAUCCGCCAACAACAUACUCCAGAAGAUGAAGUGGCUGUAUCAUCAAACAUUCCUCUCAGUGACGAGGAGAUGCAUGAUACUACUGAACAUGAGAGUGAUGGUUCAGUAGGUGAUGAUGAUAUUCACAGUGAUGAUAUUCCUCAGCAGGGGGAGCCUUCAUCUGAAGACGAAGCUGAAGGUACUCAUGUUCGACGUUCUAUGCGAGGCAUAGUUCCACAGAGAAAGUAUUCUACAUCUGAAUGGAUACUUGUUGCUAGCGAGGGGGAGCCUGCGAGCAUCGCAGGAACGAGAGAAAUAAAGAAAAAGGUGGAGGGGGAGAUUUGUAGGGAGUUUCCACCUUCUUUCUUGGAAGUUGCCAAGAGGCAUCUCACACCUUCUUGGAAGGAGGUCUCCAACAAAUAAAGAUGGGAGAAGAUAUGGAGAUAACUAUGGAAGCAUGGAUGCAACUUCCUCUUGUCUCCAAAGUAGCCUAUAAAUAGAGUGUUCUAUUGUUGUUCAUAUCAUCAGUUUAGAAAGUGAGAAAAGUGUGUGAAGAGUGAAAAUACACUUAGAGUAGAAGUGUAUUGGUGAGGAUUGGUUUUUUGUAAUAGUUGAGUGUGAGAGUUUGCUCCUCCUAUUGUAAUUCUGUUCUUGAUAUUGAAUAGAAGAAUUUUCCAAUCCCAACAAUUAUAUGGACCAUAUAUUGCUUUCCUUAUAAGGAUGAGCUAUAAAUUUGGGAUGAACUGAAAAGAGUGAGUUGAUUAUUUAGGGAUGGAGGGAGUAAAUUAUUAAUUUUCCAAAGUCUACAUGUUACUCUGCAUUAUUGCAACACUUACUUUCAGUAGAAUAGAUCCAGGCAGGAAACUAUUUAUGGGCUUCCGGAAGGCAGUGAGUUAUGCUGAAGCGCAGGAUUCUCGAAAUGCAACCAUUGCCAAUGGUGGAUGUUCUCCUGAAAGUCCAGAUUCUGCUCCAACUGAAAACCGUACCACAGUAUGUCAUCUUCUACCAGUCACCGUUUCCUUCAUAACUCCUUUUUGGCUUAUUUACUUCAAUAUUCUCCUACUUGAAUAGUCAUGUCAGUACUUGCUUUACAGAGCUUUAGAGGAAGUUUUUCCACACGUAACUCUUUUUCUUAUAUUUCAUACAUUUUUAUAAAAUUUUAACUUAAAUAAUUUUAAUCUUGACUCAUUUUAAGCUAUCCAAUUUUGGCUCAAUAAAAAUAUACUUACUAGCAUAGCAUUUAGGGCCUUGUGCUGCUGCCCCUAUAAGGACUAUCGUUUAAGAUUGGUUUCUCCAAUGAGCCACCAUCUUACAUCGAAAGUUACGUUUUCUCAUAAUAACCAACUAUAGAGAUACAAGCCAUCAUAUAAGGUUGUCCUAGUGGUACUCCUCAGUCCUCACAAGUUAACAUUUUAAGAUGAAACUUCAAAAAUUUAAUACCUCAUUACAUUGGUAAGACACUUAAACCGGGAACAAGGGAAUAUCUUUUUCUUUCAAAAAAAAUAGUUUUCAUGCUUCUGAAUUUCCAAAGCCUGAGAAGAAUGGAGGAAAAGAAAGUGAUGAUUACUUGCAAAUAAAAGUGCUCGUUCCAGAAAAGAAAAUUAAGAAAAUAGGGUGCUAAAAUAAGAAGCUCUUGCUACCCAAUGAAGAUGCUAUAUAACUGAAGAUCACUUGUGAAGAAGCUCGGGAUUUGCUCCGCCCACCUCCAAAUGUUAAUCCAACCAUUGUUGUGAUUGAGGACUGUGACUUUGAAGAAUAUGAUGUAAGUCUCAUAUAUUUCGGGCUCAACUAACUGCAUAUUCUUUUUCUUCUUGAUACCCUCAUAUGGCACUAAUUGGAAGAACAAAAUAUUCCUGCAAACUAGGAACCACUGUUUUUUUAAAGAGUGUGGUCUUCAGCACUCCAUCAUCUGGGUAAGAAAAUCUAUGAUGCAAAUAUAUUGUAAUAUAUGAUAAAUGUCAUCUCUCUAGACUCAGUUGCAAAGUCUAAUUCGGAGUUUUGGCCCCUUUUAGCCAUUUUGCCAUCUUACUUCUGCCCUCUUAUUUAGAGAGAGGGGGGAUUCUAAGAAAAUGUAUUUUCUUGUGUUUCCUUUUUACCUAGAAAAUGCAAAGGAAUAUGAAAUAUGAUUAAUGUUCUUAAUUUAACAAAAAUAGUAUCUUUAGAUUUCUUAGUCUUUAUACAAAACACACUUUUAGAUGAUUAGAUUGGAAACAUAUAUACACAUUAUCAUCAUUGUCCUCUUAAUUGCGUUCCGGUCGGAUAGUUAAUGUAUAUUCCGUAACUUGCCCUCUCUUUUUGAGGGGGAAUUCACCCUUUAUCUCUAUUUAUUAAUCUUAUGCUAGAAAAUAACUAUGAUAUAUGUUUAGUUACAAACUUACAAUAAAACUUUAGAGAAUAAGAACGCAAAAGUUGUCUGCUUCUUUGACUCACUAUGUGGACAUUUGCUUCCAGAUGUUCGUGUUCUGCCUCAAGUGAGAUAAUAAAAAACAACUUGAUUCAUUCCUUAGAGCUGGCAUUCCCCUGGCAACAAGGAUAUGAAUUCCAUAUAUAUAUGAUCUCAAUUUCUCGUAAUACAAUGAUGUUUUUGUCAUUAUCCCUUGUUCUUGUCUUCAAUAAAAAAGAUUUUAGUAUUGCACGAGAUGACUGUUUUACAAGAGAAAUGAAAUAAAAACUUCUAAACCAAGUAAAUGAAAUGCCCACUCCCCCCAUAAGUAAAAUCACCCCGAUGUAUGGAAGUCUACUUCCAAAUUUACCAUGUACCCUCUUGUGUUGUAUAAAUCUGUAGCUAGAUGAUAGCGAAGUUUGGCGAUUUUCCCCCAAUUGAUCCCGUAACUUUCUUUUCCUCUCUAUUUAAUCCCAGGAGAAACAAAGAUUGUAUGGAAGUCUUAUGCUGGCCUAGAUGCAUUGGCCUGUAUUGCAGUUAUGGGAAAUGACACCAUUGGCUGCGGUGGUGGCGACUUGGGGGCUAGCGAGUAGGGGUGUGCACGGGUCGGGUUCGGGCGGGUCGGGUUUGCGAACCCUAAACCCUUUCGGGUUUUUUAAUUUAAAUACUAGGCCCGAACCUUUGAUAUUUCAAAUCGGGUAUUUCGGAUAUUUUUAAGUCGGAUAUUAUCGGAUAUCGGGUCGGAUUUCGGAUAUUUCAGUUAUAUUAAAAAAAUUAUAAUUGGAUAAUUAAAGUGUUUAAAUGCCACUUUGACAAAAAUUGUACACACUAGUGCACGAAACUUCCAAAUUACACAAAUAAUUUAACACAAAUUGCACAAAUAAUUGAACACAAUUAUUAAUUUAACAUAUUCAAAGUACACACUACAUAAUUUAAUAUAUACUCUUUAAUAUAUUUCGGAUAUUUUGGUUAUAUCAAAACACAUUAUAAUUGGAUAGUUAAAGUGUUGGAAUGCUACUUUAACAAAAAUUGUACACACUAGUUCACUACACAUUCAAUUUACACAAAUAAUUUAAUACAAAUUGCACAAAUAAUUACACAAAUAAUUGAACACAAGUAUUAAUUUAAAUAUUCAAAGUACACACUAACAUAUAUUUCGUAUAUUCGGGCGGGUCGGGUUGGGAUUUCACAAACCCUACCCGCCACCCGGUCUAGGCCCAAUACUAAUCGGAUUUUCGGUUUCGGGUUUUUCGAGUCGGAUAUCCACUUCGGUUCGGAUAAUAUCCGAAAAAAAUAUCGGGUUUUUCGGGUCGGAUCGGGUUUUGCUCAGCCCUACUAGCGAGCCUUCUACCAUAAAGCAUCCCCGGCAUCGACUUGGUUGCACUUGCAUCGUUUGCAUCCAACCACCCAGCGGGAAGGGCAAACAUGAUCCCACCUGUAAAUGUAUUGUUUGCUUGACCCUCAAACAAGAUCAAAUAAAACAAGAGAACGUGCAAAAAUGAGAUUUGUCAUAUACUUGGAUCAGGGUAUGAAUAGAUUUCAGCACUUUCGUAGCUAUGCUCCAGAGAUACCCGGUCGGGUAUCCAGUAUUCUCUAUACUCGGUCUAGUAUGAGACCAAUCUCACCAAAACACCUAUAAAUACACAUCAUUUCCUUCCCAUUUGGGUAUCCUCUUUUC